CCGCAUUUAAUUUUUAUUUAUACAUAAAAAAGCUUACUAUAUUUAUUAGUCAAUCUCCGCCUCAUCUCUUCUCUUCACACACACCAUAAAGCGCCCACACUGGCACACUCCCACACAAGCGCAAACCGUCCACAAUGGUUCUCUCUACUUCAUCUUCUUCCACCACUAGCUUCUCAACGUACUCCACCGCCAUUACUAGGGUUUCCGCCUCGCCGUCCACUUCUAGAAUCGCUUGCUCCUUGAAAUUCCUCGGCGCUCGGAAGCGCAGUUGGUGUUCGUGCCUCGCUUUCUGCUCCUCGAAGCUGCAGGGACUGACGGAGGCGAUUGAUGAGAGGAACAGAUCAUCCGGAAGUACCGCCGCCGCCGCGGCAGCCGUGGAGGCGACCACCUCCACCUCCCAUGGCCGGGACGAGAUUUCGGCGCCUCGGACUUUUCUUGAUGCGCGUACGGAACAAGGAUUUUUGUUUGCCUUCAACAAUGGUGGAGCAAUAAUAUCUCCUGUUAUUAGUUACCUGCUUUUGGGGAUCCAAAAAGAAGCAGAAGCUGGAAGGUUACCAAUAAAUGUUGCUCAGGGGAUGGAAGAGUUGUAUCACAAUUACCGAAAUGCAGUUCUCCACAGUGGUCACCCGAAAGCUCACGAGAUUUUCUUUGCUAAUAUGGCUGCUGCAUUAGAUCGUAUAUUCAUGGAUGUGCUGGAUCCUUUUCAAUUCUCACCAUACCACAAAGCGAUUCGACAACCGUUCGACUAUUACAUGUUUGGUCAAAAAUAUAUUGGUCCACUGCUUGAUAUCAGAAACUCAUUUGUAGGAAACAUCUCCCUCUUCAAUGAAAUGGAAAAGAAACUUCAGCAGGGAGAAAACGUUAUUUUGAUUUCCAACCACCAAACUGAAGCAGAUCCAGCUAUUAUUUCUUUGUUGCUUGAAUCCAGUAAUCCUUUUAUUGCUGAGAACAUGAUCUGCGUGGCAGGGGAUAGAGUGGUUACAGAUCCCCUUUGCAAACCAUUUAGUAUGGGAAGGAAUCUUCUAUGCGUGUAUUCAAAAAAACACAUGAAUGAUGAUCCUAAGCUCAUAGAUAAGAAAAAAAGAGCUAACACGAAAAGCUUGAAAGAAAUGGCAAUCCUUUUGAGGGGUGGAUCAAAACUUAUUUGGAUUGCACCUAGUGGAGGAAGGGAUCGCCCAGAUCCUGUCACAAAAGAAUGGUACCCGGCUCCUUUUGAUGCUUCCUCAGUGGACAACAUGAGACGGCUUGCAGAGCAUGCUGGUAUUCCAGGCCAUAUAUACCCUUUAGCAAUAUUGUGUCACGAUGUUAUGCCCCCUCCAGCUCAGGUUGAGAAAGAGAUUGGGGAGAAAAGAGUGAUAUCCUUUCACGGAGUUGGAUUAUCAGUUGCACCCAAAAUCAGUUUUCAGGAAGUCACUGCAACUUUAGAAGAUCCUGAUGAGGCUAAACUUGCUUACACGCAAGCAUUGUUUUCCUCUGUGUCCGAGCAGUACAAUGUGCUGAAAUCUGCAAUACAUGGCAAACAAGGUCUUAAGGCGUCGACUCCUACUAUUUCACUAUCUCAACCACGGGAGUAGUUUUCGGUAUGUUGUUUUUCAGUGUUAACAGGCAAAAUAUCUUCUUUCCAGUGAAAAACAUGAAAACCUGAAGCUGAGAGCUGAGAGCCUUCUCUUUGCGCAAAACACACAGAAUCAAUUACUGGGAACACACUUCAUGACCCAAGUUACUAAUUUUGUUGUCUUGAGAGAGCAUGUUUCGCUUUUGGUUGGGAAAAGUGAAAACGGUUCAGUAUCGAAUAAUCCGAAGUUCGGCAGGUUGAUAUUCACUGCAGUCAUGAUCCGCUACAUGUAUGAAACAUAUACUAUAGCCAUAUUGAAUUUUGUCUGCUCUCCACUGAGUUUUUUUUUUCCUUGCAUGAUAUUGUGAUUCAGCUCGAAUACAACAGGCGUAUUAUUAAGUUGUGUGAUUUUCAGAUGAUUGUCAAAUGCUUUUUGGAUCUUAUUCACACAUCUUGUGUAUAAUAUUAGGGGCACAAUGUUUGAUGUAGCAUGGAGGUUUAAAGUGUUACGUGUUGAGAGAUUUCUCUCUUUCUUUCAGAUUUUCAAACUUACUUUUCAUCUAGCAGUUAAAGUAUCUGGAAAUGACUACAGUCUCGUUCCGAAAUCAUUUUGUCAGUAUGUUUAGGGUCAGUUUGGUUGGGAUGAUUGUAAGUGAUAUCACACCAUUUGCUAUCAUAUCAA